AUGAUAAAGUAUCGCGUCGAGCACAAUGGCGACUCCGCGACCAUCACGCUAAUAUACGGCGUGGAUAGGAAGCGUCGAUCACCCAGCAGAAGACGGAGGAGGCGACCUAAGACUACGCAGGGGGGGGGGGGGGAGGCUAACUUGACGGCUCAACCGCCAGGGGCGGCCCCACCUGUUCCGAAGAGGAGGACGAGACCGACAGGGGCGGUGCAGGGUGAUCCAAACCCGGUGGCUAAACCACCGGGGGCGGUUCAUUCUACGCGGCCGCCCCCACCCACUCGACAGAAGCAUUCGCCAGGAGCGGCCCAGGGGGGACCAAAGCUGUCAGCUCCACUGACAUUGGCGGCCCCUCCUGUAGACGUACCAGCUCAAAUGGAUACGGGACACGUGGUCAUUACUGACCCCCCGGCAAGUCCACCAGCACCUCCGGCAGUUGUUGCUGUUCCAGCGGCGGUCCAGCGAGAACCCAAGAGGAGGAAGAUGUCGGCGGCCACCAUACCGAAGACAUCCGACUGGAUUCUCGUCUGCGACAAACUUCCAGCAAAGUACCGAGGAGCGGUUAUCGGUGACCGACAGCAAGCACCUCAAGGGACCGUGGGUAGAAGAGCUGUGGCGCCAACUUCCAACUGGACAGGGGAAGUACCAGCUACAGGCAGCCCUCCACUCAAAACAACUCUACGUGACAGCACAGCAGGACGGACUGUACAGGCAGGGACUCCUGAUGCCAUCGAUGUCCAACGCGACGAUUCAUCGCAUCCUAAAGAUGGUAUUGCGGGACAUCCAUCCAGGAGCCAUCGACAGAAACGCCCAGCUGUUGACUGA